AUGUCCAGCAGCGCACUCACCUCUGCGCGCGCGCACGCACAGGCAGACGCACGCCCCAUGCCCAUCCAGCCCGCUCCCGGCUCUCUUCCUGAGCGCGAGCAGGAGCGCGAGCGCGAGCGCGAGCGCGAGGCAGAGCAUGCCGAUGCACCAGCGUCGGCCACGGCACAUCUAACACCCCUCGAAUCAGCGCUGCAUCACCAGCUCUUCGCUCGUCGACAACAUCUCUCUUCUCGCGCCCGAUACCUCUCCUUCUGGUCCGCUCAAACCUCCCCCGAAGAGGAGAUCCGCACAUCCCCAAGGAAAUCAAAUCCCACCACAAGCACCUCCUCCUCUACGCCCAAAAGGAGAAGAGAGACGAGGGAAAAGUUUGGCAGGGAUAUCGUGGAUGAGGAGUUCUUGAGAGGGGCGAUCGAGGAACGUGUACGAAGGGUCGAAAGACUUGGACGCGUCUUGAAUGUCAGGAGGGACGUGUUGAAUGGGUGA